AUGAGAUCUCUAAAAAAACAACAGCUAGAUAGAUGUCCAGAAGUGUCACCAUCACCAUCACCAUCAUCAUUAUCAAAUAUUAAAAAUGAAGAAGAGCUAGAUUAUGUUAAAGCGAUAUUUGUGGGCGGAUGA